AUGCUACGCCGUGUUAGAAAACGUUGGGAACUUCAUGGCAUCCGUCCCAGUUGGAUAGGAGAAGAAAUCUUUCGGGAACUUCUUAAAUAUUGGGAGAGUGAUGAGUUUGCGGCCAAAUCUGAAAAUGCAAAGAAGAUGAGAGCAUCUGAAAAGGGUGGUUGCCUUAAUGCUGUUGGAAGUAUAAGCACUGCUGAGCAUGUUCGACGCAUGACUAAGGAAUUAAAUAGACCACCACUUAUGACCGAGCUGGUUGCGAAGACUCGGAAAAAGAAAACAGGAGCUUUUGUUGACAAUCGUACACAAAAAGCUAUGGAUGAUUAUCAGGCAUUGCUUGUACAAUUUCUGACUGUUAAUCCUCAGUAUACUCCAAGACCGGGAGAGCUGCUUCAUCCGGAUGUGGAUUUUUAUCUUUGGAUUCUCGACGGGGAAGGAGGUUCACGUCCUGUAAUUUUAACAGAUGAACAGAGAGAAACCGUAAGACAAUUGGCGGUAAAUGAGGUGAGGCGUGAGGCGGCGGAACGUGAAGCGGCACUAAAAGCUCAAAUGGAGGCCCAAAUGAUGGCAAUGCGGAAUGAGCAUCAGCGGGAAAUGGAGGUCAUGGCAAAAAGACAAUCGAAUAUGGAGGCACAAAUGCGACAAUUUAUGCAAUCCUUUGGUGGAAACCAAAAUAUGGGGGGUUCUGCACCGACUGAUCAGGAAAAUCUAAAUGAGGAUGAGUUUCCCGACCCGGACUGA